ACUGCGAGCGCAAGGUUCACACAACCUCCCCAGCAGCUGUUGAGCGGGACCCAAUGCGACUUUACGCAGUAUCGACAUGCGACAAACAGCCAAAAUGUAAAGGAUAAGCAGCUGUUCACCGCUUCCAGAAAGUAGGUGUGCGUGAAGGGGAAAAAAUGUGCACCAGCCUUUCAAAUAUGCUCAAAGUAGCAGUUGCGCAGCACGGACGUGCAGUGACCAGUGCGUAAAAGUGAGACGAAGAGGACAGAGAUAAAAGUUCUGCGCUGGCUGAGAAGUUGACUCGGAUGAGAUGGAUGCGUCAGUGAACCUCUGGGAAUUCGCGAAAGGCUGACAACUUAAAGAAAACCUUAUUAGUUAUUGUUUUCCGGAUCUGAUUGCAGGGCGGAAAGUGCAGCGAGGCUGCUGAUACUGGACAAGCUCAUGAGUUGAAUUAGUCUUGUGUGCAGACUUUAUGUAAGAAGUAGGACAACGCCGCCCUACUAGUUCUGUCCGUCAUGCGUAAAGACGUUUUGCCAUCCAGCAUCUUGUUAUGACUGCAUUCAGCUCCGUAGGCUUAAAUUUCUAAAUAACGUUGCAGCUUUCUGAUGCCACUGCUCCACUGGGAGUUAGUGAGAAGUUUUUGCAUCAUACCGUCUACCUCCUAUCAACAUGGACCAGAGAUCUGAGUGCACUGUGGCCAACAGCUGCCCGGUCGGGGACAGCAUUAAUCUCAGCGUGCUUAACUGGGAACAAGUGCAGCGGCUGGACACCAUCCUCACCGGCUCCAUUCCUAUCCACGGCCGCUGGAGCUUCCCGACCUUAGAGGUGAAGCCUCGGGAUAUCGUCAAGGUGGUCCGGAGCCGCAUGGAGGAGAAGCGAAUACAUGUCCGCGAGGUGCGACUGAAUGGAUCAGCGGCCAGCUACGUCCUGCACGAGGACAGCGGUCUGGGAUGGAAAGAUCUCGACUUGAUAUUCUGUGCCGAUCUGAAGGGAGAAUUGGAGUUUCAAGUAGUGAAAGAGUUAGUUCUGGACUCUCUUCUAGAUUUCUUGCCUGAGGGAGUGAAUAAAGAGAAGAUCACACCAGUUACUUUAAAGGAGGCUUAUGUGCAAAAGAUGGUGAAGGUGUGUAACGACUCAGAUCGCUGGAGUCUCAUCUCGCUCUCCAACAAUCGUGGCAAGAACGUGGAGCUCAAGUUUGUGGACUCUCUUCGACGGCAGUUUGAGUUCAGUGUGGAUUCUUUCCAGAUUCGCCUGGACUCCCUCCUCCUCUUCUAUGAGUGCUCCGAGCACCCCAUGGCGGCCACCUUUCAUCCCACAAUACUUGGGGAGAGCGUCUAUGGUGAUUUCCCGACAGCCCUCGAUCAUCUGCGCAAGCGACUCAUCUGCACUAGGAGUCCCGAGGAGAUUCGGGGUGGAGGCUUGCUGAAAUACUGCCACCUGUUGGUUCGAGGUUUCCGCGCAGCAUCUAACGCUGAGAUGAAACUGUUGCAGCGUUACAUGUGCUCACGCUUCUUUAUCGAUUUCCCCGAUGUUAGCGAGCAGAGGAGAAAGCUUGAGUCCUAUCUGCAGAACCACUUUGUGGACCUAGAGGACAGGAAGUAUGACUAUUUGGCCACGCUGUACAAUGUGGUGCAGGAGAGCACUGUGUGCCUGAUGGGACAUGAGAGACGACAGACGCUCAGCCUCAUCUCAUCGCUGGCACUUCGUGUCCUGGCCGAGCAGAACGCCAUUCCCAAUGCUGCCAAUGUCACAUGUUUCUACCAGCCGGCCCCUUAUGUCUCAGAUGGCAACUUCAGUAACUAUUAUGUAGCGCAGGUUCAGCCUGUCUACUCUUGUCCACCUUCACCUCCUCAGCACUACCUUCCUCCUUUGCAGCAUCCCAUGUAUGCCACCUGGUUGCCCUGUAACUAAACUUUGUGUAAACCCAUGAAAUUUUGCAUAACUGGUGGUGCUCAUGUCCAUGCAAAGGAGAAGUGAUGAUCUUUUUGUCUCUUCCUUGAGAUAGGAAGUUGAGGGGAAUAACAGAAGGCAAACAGGGAUCAUAUCACAAGAGAAAUGAUUGUUAGAAGGGGAUUGAGGACAAGGAGACUGGAUCAAGAGAGAAAACAAUUCCCAGGUUCAGGUGCCACAGCAGGAGGAGCUGAGACAUCAGUGAGAGAGACAGAUUUAUCAGUUUGUGUGUUUAGAAGACUAAACCACAGCCACAGUGUCGUCAACAUCCCAAACAAGUUCCUUUUGAGCUCUGAGUUGCAACUUGUGAGAAAAUUGGACAUUUGAUACAUUGAACUUGAAUAUUCUAGUCUUCUUCAUAUUACAAAUCAAAACAGAUGCUCCUGUGCUACCACAAAGAGCUGCAGAAGACCCUCAUGAUGUUCUGAAAUACUUUCAAUGUGCACUGUAUAUAUAUAUAUAUAUAUAUAUGUGCGUGCGUGCGUGUGUGUAUGUGUCUCCUUCAACAGACAAUGCAAAAAAAAAAAAGGAACUGGAUACUGUUUACAAUUUUAAAGAGCUUUCUGAAUUUUGAGAAGCAAAAAUUAAACAACAAAACAAUGCAUGCUUUAUUUCUGUACAGAAAUAUUUUUCAAGUGCCUAGAUCAAGCCCAAAGGGAAAAAAAAAAAGUUUUUGUGAUUCUUUAUCAUAGAGGUUGUGAUGUCUCUGACAUUUUUAACGUGACUAUGAAUGUAUUUAGGGUCUGAGAGUGUCCCAGUACUGAGUAGGGGUUUUUUACACAGAGGGAGGUAUUGGACCAGCUGGUAAUUUUAACAGUGUUUAGCCAAAGGCUCUACUCUUAUCAGCAGCUCUGCAAGUACACACUCAGAUUACCAAAGAGGAAGUAACAACAUAAUCUCAUCUUCUACAGAAAGACGUGGGGGUUGGAUGAAAAAAAAAUACCAGAGUAAAAUAGAUGUUAAGAGAAAAGUAUGCUGAGAAGGAGAAGUUUGAAUGCAACAUUUAAAAGAGGCUGAACUAUUGUUUCCAUUGCAAAGUAAGUGGAAUUAAUCCACAGCCUGACAACCAAAGAAAUUAGUUGUCUCAGAGAAAAAAUCGUUUAGGGAAGAAAUGCUAGAAAAAAAUGCAUGCCCCUUGCAAAAUACAGCUUCCUCAUUGCAUGUCAUGCAGUGCUGCUGUGUAGUUAAAUGCAAAGAGACACAUCUAAAAGAAAAAUAACUCUAGCUUACUUAAAGACACCCUGUGGAGUUUUCUUGUAAACAGUAAAAACUAAUGUUUACAUCUUUAGUACAUCUUUAAAACACUAAUGCCCUUUACAUGCCAAGUCUGCAUUUUCCACAUGUGUUGGUUUCUUUUUCUCUCCUUCACUAUCUCAUCUGAGAGCUAAAGCAUGGAGACUAGGUGAUAAGGGAGCUGUGGAGGUAUCCUGAUUCUUUCCAGCUGUGUUUAUGUAUGUCAGGGGUCUAGUUUGAUACCCAUUAGUAAUACUGGAAAUGCAAAUUUCCAUGAACCAAUCAGCCCUGUAUUUGUUGCAUUUGUUGUUUGAUGCUGGGAAUUAAAGUGAAUUAGUAUUUCAAGCUAUGUUUGUGUUGUGGCUCUGAGCACUCAAAUUACUGGCAAAAAAAAAAUUCAAAUGAUCCAAAAACUAACCUGUUCUGAAAAUUGUAAUAACCUGAAAGUUUCACAGUUGGUGUAUUUCGGGUGACAAAUGUGGACUUAGUGUGUAAAGACCUCAAGUCUUAGUAAAAGCAAAUGCACUGAAAUGAUAGCUGCCCAUCAGCAACAAAGCAUGAAAACCACAGCAGGGUGUUGACACACGGAAAUCAGAAAAAAACCUCUGUUGGGUAAUUUUAAAUUUCAUGUUUAACAUGAGGCAAAGCAACUAUAUUUGUAUAUUAAAGCAGCAAGGUGAAUCAGUUUUCAGAAAGUGACACUGAAAAGUUGCAAUACACCUAAAACACAUAUUUUAUAUAAUUCUUGUCAAUUAUCUCCAACAUUUUCAUACCUAUUAAACAUUUGGCAGUUUAAAGGCAUUUUUCCAUUAUUUAUGCACUGUAAAAGCAGACUGUUUCAAUACAUGAGAGAAUAAAUGAAAAGGUUGAGAAUACAAGUUGAAUAAGGGGUGGAGGUGGGAUUGUAUUUGCAGGACGAAUCCUUACUGUUUGAAACCAAAGGAGCCUAAGAGAUUAUUUAAAAUAAUUUCGUGAUGCAUAUGUUAUCCUCUCCUACAACAGACAGCAUUUAAAUUGAACCCCAGCCAGGAAAUAAUGUAGAAAACGUAGAGUGUGUGAUGAUAUGGAUAACUGAAUUGGAAUAACACAUGUUGGCUAUGAUUCUGGAUAGAUGUUUGUGGUGAUCAUGAGAAUAACAGGUGUACAUUUUCAGCUUUAAACACACUCGGCAUAUUCUCUCAAACAUGUCAGAUCUCCUAUUUUUCUAUUUCACAAUCUCUAUUUUUGCACAGUUUGUGUUGAGCUGAUGUAGCGGGCAGAGCCAAAGCUGUGUGAGUAUUUUUUGUGGCGUGUGCGAAUUUGUGUUAUAUUUUGGCUGAUGAAGAGCAACGCAGGUGGACUUGGUGGUUAUAUUGAGUUUAUUUUUGUUAGUUUGUUUUCACUCUGUGUGUGCUCUGAGCUGUUUUCUGUGGAUAUGUUGCUGCUCUAAAGAGAUUGAUUGUUUCUCAGAGAUUUAACAGCGAUGGCAUGAAAAUAUUGAUCUGAUUAUUGUUGUGUCAAGUUGACCGACUUGCUAAUUAAAAGCAAAAGAGACCA